AAAACAGCCAGAACCCCAGGUGAGCAGAGACCAGCUUUUCCGUCUAUUUUCUGUGUCAUCACGCCAUGGAAGCUCUGAGUUCCUCUGCAACGAUCAUAGCUGCUUCAUCGUCAUCUCCAUCGAUUUUCUCCCCAAGGAAAAGAGACUCACCAAGAUUCCUUCGAGUCAAUGUUUCUCCAAAAGAUAACGGGAACGAUUCCGAUGUCCGAUCCGAAUCGGAUGAGUCAAGCUUGGUUCCCAUCCUGACGAAUCGUACUCUCUCGAAGGAUGCGGCGAUGGGGUUGGUUCUGAGUGCGGCGUCGGUGAGAGGUUGGACGACGGACUCUGGUAUGGAAGGUCCUUCGGUUCCGGCGGCGGCGGAGGCCGGAUCCAGUACGGAGAGGAUCUCAACCUUCCCGUGGUCCCUCUUCACCAAAUCGCCACGUCGAAGGAUGCGCGUUGCCUUCACUUGCAAUGUUUGCGGUCAGCGGACCACUCGUGCCAUCAAUCCUCAUGCUUACACCGAUGGAACCGUUUUCGUCCAGUGCUGUGGAUGCAAUGUGUUUCAUAAACUGGUGGACAAUCUGAAUCUUUUUCAUGAGAUGAAGUGCUACGUGAACCCGAGCUUCAAUUACAGUGAUCCAAGAGGGGAUGUGGGCUUCAAGUAUCUUGAUAUGGAUGAUGAUAAUAACAAUGACGUCUUUCCUAUCUUUUGAGAUGCAUGUGUAGAAAACAGAAAUUGGGUCUGUGGUGGAGGGCAGGACUUUGAGACGGGUGGUUUAGGUGGUGUAUUGAGAUGAGCGGGUAGGCGUGGUCCUUAUGUCUAAAAUAUCAUCUACAUUGCAUAAGAACUGGCUAGGAAAGCAAUGCAAAGGAAUCUUUUGAACCUCAUAAUCGUUUAAAAAAACUAGGUCUCCGAAAUGAAUUGUUUGUUUCCUAUUAAAAUACGAAUUUCAAGUUUUGCUGUUGGAUAUUUAAGAUCAUGCUUAUAUUUGGAACGGUGUGUAAUAGAAUAUGGUUAUGGGAAAUCUAUCCCAUUUCUCAUUUUAGUACUUUCUAUGUUUGGAUGAUUUUAAAUUGCAGUCUCAUGAAGAGUUUUUUUCCUGUCAUUUUCAUUUUUAUCGUCGCUUUUAUUCCUAACGCACCAAACGCAGCCCAAGACACCUGGAGUUGUUAGCUACGGAUUUUUAUGAUAAUUUUCGGCUCAAUAAAAAAAAUUGUGGCGUGAAUUUGUGUACGAAUAGGAUGGUAGUGGAGCCAUUUAUUUAUUUAUUUGGGUCGUGCUUA